AUGUCCGCCGCCAAGCUCCCUCUCGACCGUCUCCGCGUCGACCUCGACCUCGCCGCCAAGCUCGAAUCCCGCGGAUGUCGAACCGUCGAGGACGCGCUGCACCGAGCGCCUCUGGACGUCGUCGAGCUCGCCGAUUGCUCGCACGCUCGAGCGAGAGAAUUCCUUCUCGACGUCGCCCGGGCGGUCGCGCCGACGCCGACGACGGCGCGAAACGUUCUCGAGCGCACGUCGCUUCGGUUGCGCACGGGUGUCGCGACGUUGGACGACGCCCUGGGAGGUGGGAUGCGGGUCGGGAGCCUGACGGAGAUCGUGGGCAAAGCGGGCGCGGGAAAGACGCAGUUGUGUCUGGGCGCGUGCGCGUGCGCAGCGGCGAGCGCGAGCGAUGGUGGAGCGGACGGAGGUGUCAUCUAUAUUGAUGCGGAGCGUAAGUUUAGCGGCGAGCGGUUGAUUGAGAUCGCGAGAGGGAAGUUUGCGACGUUGCGGGCGGACGAGACGGCGGCGCGGGCGCUGGCGAGACGCGUGCAGGUCAUCACGCCGAUGAGCCUGAGCGAUCUGGUGAAGCGUCUGGACGCGCUGGAGGAAGCGAUAAUCGAUCACAAGGUGCGAUUGGUGAUUAUAGAUUCAGUGGCGCACCUGGCGCGGGGGGAGUUCGGGAGGGAGCGGGUGGUGCAGCGACAGAGCGCGCUCGGCGCGGCGGCAGCGACACUGAAGAGACACGCGGAGAAACAUGGGCUCGCCGUGCUCGCGGUGAAUCAGGUGACGACUCGCAUCGGAUCCGCGGCGAGACAUGCGAGCGAUGAGACCGGAGCGGGCGAGGGCGUUGGAGCGGAGGAGUCGAGCGGCAUCACGGCGGCGCUGGGCACGAAGUGGGCGCACUGCGUGAAUACGCGCAUCGCCCUCGAGGUGCGCGACGAUCGAAGGUCGAUAAAAAUAGUCAAAAGUCCGAUAGCUCCGCUCACAUCGUUCGAUUACACGAUCGGCGCGCAUGGGAUCGAGUGCGCAACGAAGCCAUGA